UCCGCCAUGUCAGGGUAUAAGUUAGCUUACAUGAUGGAGAGAACAAGGUUACAGAAAUGAAACAUUUAAUAGAUAAACGCACAUCAGUGUGUUAAUGAGCAUCUGGGCGGUUUGCAUCGACAGGACCAGCAGAAUGAGCCGUCUGAGUCUCGCCGUCCCAGCUGAACAGUACCUCGCGGACAGUCAUGUGCUGUUCUACCUGAGCGAUGCUGUGACCCAACUGCUGGAGCAUAAAGAAGAGUACACCCAGUUCGGCCUGAUCCGCUACUUCGCUGAAUAUUUCAGCAGCGUGAAGAACUGCAACCACGUCCUCUUCAGGGAGUUUAACUACAUCCGGGCUACUCCUCAUAACAGGACGUCCUUCAUCAGAGUCUUCUGGAGAUGCUUCCGACAGGUUGGGAAGAGCGGAGACUUCCUGUCCGUGUUGGAGUACCGGUCUCUGCUGCAGUUACUGUGUCCAGACUUCCCGCUGGAGGUGGUUCAGAGUGUCGCCAGAAUUGUUCUGAUGGAUGACGCCACCGACUGUCUGAUGUCCUUCUCUGACUUCAUUUAUGCUUUCCAGCUGCAGUUCUACUAUCAAGAGUUCUUGGACAGCGUCUUGCUGAUCUACCAGGAUCUGCUAGCAGGAAAGAGUCCCAACACCGUCAUAGUCCCCACGUCCACCUCCGUCGAGCAGCUCCCCUCUGUGGCUGCAGAUGACAGCGAGAAGGUGGAGCAACAGCUGGACGGGGUGGAGCCAUCCACGCUGGCCGAGUGUGUGGACGCCCUCUGUGACCGCUUCAAGCACAGCCACCCGUCCAGGUCGUGUAUGAGGGAAAUCCUGGAGCAGACGGAUAAAAUUUCUUACUACAGCUUCCUCUUGAGUCUGGCCAGACACGAGAGCAUCAACCAGGCUGUUGGAGCGCUGCCCAGUAAGGCCGAGCUGCUCAUCGACCCAGAGAUGGACCAGGAACUGGACAAACUGAUCGCUCAGAUCUCGGUGAGUCCCGGCAGCAACAGCAGCGGCAGCGCCGUAGGGGUGCUGAAGGAGGUGCAGAGGAGGGCGUCCCCCCGCAGGAACAUCCACCACAGGAGGAGGAUGGAAGUGGAGAGCGACGGUUCCACCGAAGAGACCGACUCCUCUGAAAACUGAGCUUCAGCCUCCCUGCAGGGGGUGAGGCAGUGAUUUCCAGAUGGUGCUGUAAUCGUUCCUCAUUGGUUCAGGUGUAGCUGCGAGUAAACAAGGCUCACCAGGGAUUACACUACUGCUGGUAACUACUUCUUCUACUGAAUUACAACCACAUGCAGUAAUCAGUCUCUCCAGGAAUUUGUGAUGUUGUGAUCGCUAUUAACUCGGCCAGUUCCUCUCAAAUUAUGCACGUCCUUGCAAUUUUGUCCAAUCACUGCAAAUUUAAUGCAUCUCUGAUCAAUCUCACACUUCUCCGAGUUACCUGAUGCACGUAUGUCAUCAGAUUUACUUCCUGUUUCUCAUUAUUAACCUGCUGACGUGUGCAAGAGGAAUGACUUCCAUCUGCUAUCUGAUAUCGCUGUGAGGCUGCAUGCAAGACGCUUUUCCAGUGAUCAGGGAGGGGUUUAACCCACAUACAGCAUACAGCCCCCUGAAGCAGCCGGAGCAGGUUCAAAUCCUGGCUGGUGGCUUGUUGCUGCAUGUUACUCUGUCUAGUCAAGGUCCCAGAGCCUGAAAAAACUUUCCUGGUGUUGCUCGAGUGACGGUAGGCUGCAUGCAACAUUAUGCUGGAAGACAAACAAAAGUCAUCAACAGUUUUACUGCAGAACCUCCAGAAAAGGUCUGAAAUGUGCAAAUAGAUGAUGGGGACCAGAUCAGAAUAAAGUCCACCUCCCUUUCUUAAUUUUUCCUUUUUUUUUUUUUUGUGCUGGUUGUUAGAACAACAUUUACAGCUUCAGCAACAUCCUGCUGAGCAUUAAAAUACUCUCCCAGUCUGCUGAUUUCAAUAAAGAAUUUAUUGGAUUUAAUAAUCAGUAUUUUCCAGACAUUUCUGGUGCUUUUGCAAGUAAAAGAAAAAGAAUAAAAACCACUAAAACCUUUCCCAAAAGCUGCAGGAAAAUCAGGCAUUUUAGGUCACAACAAAAUAAAAAACCCUGGAGGGACUGAAGGAUGAAGAAGUUUCCUCUGUCAAAUUUUAAGUAAAAUAUUUGUUUCGUAACAUACAUCACUUUUAUACAUUUAAAAACCCUGAACUUUUUUUUUUUUUAACCCUGCCUUGUAUCGUCCAUCAUCUCAAACUUUUGAGGAUUUUUGUUCCAAAACGGCAAAAGUUUUCCAAAUUUAAAGCCAAAUGUUCAGAAAUAACUGAAACAGCUGAUCAGUUAAUAAUUCCUUUGCUUUUAUCUGAGAAGUAGUCAAUUAUUUCAGUUGAUUACUGAAACCAUAGCAACAGUACGAGUCAAAUAUUUAGAUGUAAAAUAAAGUGUGCAUUUAUUUUAACUUUAUUUGUGUAUAUUUAUGUAAAAACUGAAAAUGUAUGCAUAUGUAUAAAUAAUAAAAUAGUUUAAUCUUUCAUUCUUUUCCCGGUUUUAACCACAUUCUUGUUUGUGUUUCUAAAAAGUGAAGCUGGAGUAUCUGACAGGAAGCUGCUGGCAUCUCUUCACUUUUUAAACAAAGCACAAAUAAAGGAAACAAAGUAAAAACAUACUGUUGGUGCAAAGGAUUUACCUGACUUAUCAAUAUAUAUAAACAAUAUUAAAAUGAGUGUCUAUAGAUUUAAUUUUUCCUAAAACUUUUGGUCAGUAAUUCCACGUUAUAAUUUAUUCCUAAUUGCUGCUGUUUCACAGCUUGUCCUUUUUCUGACACUCCUGUUAUUCUGUAUUAUGAUGGUUUACGUGAUUAUUGUAAAUUCACUGUGGUGGAUAAAAUGGAAAGAAACACAGGAGCCAGAUAGAUCUUCAUCAUCAUCAUCACAUUGAACUCCUCCUGGUGCGGUAAGCUUUAACGAUUGGACAUUACCAGCUGAUGAUGAACUUCGUAUCUGUGCAGAGAUGAAACUAACGUGAAUGCGAUGAGUCCGACGCAUGCUGUGAAAAAUAAA